ACCCCUGUCCCUGCCACCCCAGCUCCUGCAGCUCCAGCUGCUCCUCCAGCAGCCAAAACACCCCCAAAGAGCCCUGCAAAAGGCACUCCAACCCCUGCAGCUCCAUCUGCCCCUACUGAGGACAAGGCACCCCCAAAAAGCCCUGCCAAAGCCCCCCCAGCUCCGGCUUCCCCCGGAGGAGCCAAAAAGGCUCCCAAGGGCAGCGCCAACUCUGCCCCAUCUGCUCCAGCGGCUCCUGCUGAGGCCAAAACACCCCCAAAAAGCCCUGACAAAGCCACCCCAGCUCCUGCUGAGGCCAAAGGACCCUCAAAAAGCCCUGACAAAGCCACCCCAGCUCCUGCUGAGGCCAAAACACCCUCAAAAAGCCCUGAUGAAGCCAAAACACCCUCAAAAAGCCCUGCUGAGGGCAAGGCACCCCCUAAGACCCCUGCCAAAGCCACCCCAGCUCCAGCAGCCUCUGCUGAGGCCAAAACACCCCCAAAAAGCCCUGCUGAGGCCAAAACACCCCCAAAGAGCCCUGCAAAAGCCACUGCAACCCCUGCAGCUCCGUCUGCCCCUCCUGAAUCAAAAACACCCCCAAAGAGCCCUGCAAAAGCUCCCCCAGCUCCAGCAGCUCCUGCUGAGGCCAAAGGACCCUCAAAAAGUGUCACUGAUGGCAAAGCACCCCCAAAGAGCCCUGUUAAGGCCACCCCAAGUCCUGCAGCUCCAGCAGCCUCUGCUGAGGCCAAAACACCUUCAGCUCCUGCCCAAGCACCUCCAAAGAGCCCCGUUUUGGCCAGUGCAGCUCCAGCAGCCAAAACACCCCCAAAGAGCCCUGCAAAAAGCACCCCAGCUCCUGCUGAGGCCAAAACACCCCCAAAGAGCCCUGCAAAAGGCACCCCAGCUCCUGCUGAAGCCAAAACACCCCCAAAGAGCCCUGCAAAAGCCACCCCAGCUCCUGCUGAAGCUAAAGCACCCUCAAAAAGCCCUCCUGAAGCCAAGGCCCCCCCAAAAAGCCCUGCUGAAGCCAAGGCACCCCCAAAAAGCCCUGCUGAAGCCAAGGCACCCCCAAAAAGCCCUGCCAAAGCCACCCCAAAUGCUGCAGCUCCAGCCACACCCACGGGUGUUUCCAGUGCCCCCCAAAAACCCCCAACCCCCCCAAAAACAGACACCAUCGCUCCCCCUGCUAAGAAACAGCAACCCCUCCCCAAUAAUAAAGCAGCCAAGCCGGCUGCUCGCCCUCCCCAGCCCAAAAUCCYUUCAAAAGCCCCGCUCGGCGCCGACGACGAGGAUCUGCCGCCUCUGCUCCCCCCCGAGCCGCCCGUGCUGCUGGAGCUGUGUCCCCCCAGCCCCGCGGGGAUCCCGCAG